AUGAAACUCGGCAGCGGCUUCCUCGGCGGCGGCGGCAGCAAGAGGGCGGCGGCCAUGGAGCCCACCUUCCCCCCCGGCAUGGUUAUGUUCAACCACCGCCUGCCCCCGGUCACCAGCUUCACCCGGGCGGCCGCGCCCCCCCCGGCGGCCCAGCACCCCCCGCAGUGCGUGUUACCUCCGGCCUCCGCUUCCUCCACGGCGGCGGCCGAGCCCCCGGCGCCUCCUCCCCCUCAGGACAUGACUUUCAAGAAGGAGCCGGCGGGGGCUUUCCCCUCCGCUCCCUCCUCCUCGCAGAGGAGCCCCUGGGGCUUUCUGCAGUCCCUGGUGAGCAUCAAGCAAGAGAAGCCUAGCGAGCAGGAGGAGGAGGAGCAGCCGCAGCACCAUCACCACUACGGGGGUCUCUUUGGGGGAGCGGGGGAGGAGAGGCCCCCCGGCCUGGGGAGCAGCAGCGGGGAAGGAACAGGCCAGAGUGUGAUUCAAGACCUCAGCCUUCUUCACCACCUGCACCAGCAUCCCCACCGAGACCUGUUACUGAGUGGCAGAGGUGAAGGUGCCCCUGGGAGCUCGGGUGAGCCAAAGCACGAUGCCCAGGUCAAGAAGGCAAAGAGGCCAAAGCCAGAAACUCAGGGAAUCAAAGCCAAGCGGAAGCCAAGCGCUUCAUCCAAACCCCCCCUGGUGGGAGAUGCGGAAGGUGCUAUUGCGUCCCCCAGUCAGAAACCUCACGUAUGCGAACACUGCAGCGCUGCCUUCAGGAGCUCCUAUCACUUGCGCAGACAUGUGCUCAUUCACACUGGGGAGAGGCCUUUCCAGUGCAGCCAGUGCAGCAUGGGUUUCAUCCAGAAGUACUUACUGCAGAGACACGAGAAGAUCCACAGUAGGGAGAAGCCUUUUGGGUGCGACCAGUGUAGUAUGAAGUUCAUCCAGAAGUACCACAUGGAAAGACACAAGAGGACGCAUAGCGGAGAAAAGCCAUACAAAUGUGACACUUGUCAGCAGUAUUUUUCAAGGACUGAUAGACUAUUGAAGCAUAGAAGAACAUGUGGUGAAGCCAUAGGUAAAGCAGGUGCUGGAAUGGAGCCUGGAUCAUCAAACAACAUGGGUAGCUUGACUGCAUUGUCUCAGGGAAAUACAAGUUCCUCAAGGAGAAAAAGUAAAACAAAAAGUAUAUCCACUGAAAACAAAGGAAAUAAGUGUAGCAGCAAAGUAACUGAAUCUCAAGUUACAAGUAACGUGGCCAUGCCAAAUUAUGCAGUUGAUAUUCCUAUUGUGUCUUCCAGCGGUGGUCUAGUUGGCACAGGCGUAGAUGAACUUCAGAAAAAGGUGCCAAAAUUGGUCUUGAAAAAAGGAAGCAGAAAACAGGCAGACAAAAAUUACCUUAAUUUUGUAUCACCACUGCCAGAUAUUCUGGGGCAAAAACCACUGUCUGGGAAACAGAGUGGCUCUCUAGGCCUAGUAGCCAAUACUGGUGUAGAAACUAUUGGCCUUCUCCAAAGUACAGGUGGUAAACCAGGUCAAAUAAGUAGCAACUAUGAUGAUGCCAUGCAGUUUUCAAAGAAAAGAAGAUACCUACAAACUGCAAGCAGUAACAGUGCCUUUUCAAUUAAUGUCGGACACAUGACUUCCCAGCAGUCCGUCAUCCAGUCUGCAGGUGUUAGUGUUAUGGAUAACGAAGCUCCAUUAUCUCUUAUUGAUUCAGCAUCUUUAAAUAGUGAAAUUAAGUCUUGCCAUGACAAGUCUGGUAUUCCUGAUGAAGUCUUACAGAGCCUUUUGGACCAGUACUCUCACAAAUCAGAAGGCCAGAAAGAAGAUCCUUUCAGUAUAACUGAACAGCGUGUGGACUUGCACACCUCAGGAGAACAUUCGGAGAUGGUUCAGGAAGAAAAUUUGAGCCCUAACUCUCAAACAGUUUCAAAUGAUAAGGCAAGCAUGUUGCAAGAAUACUCCAAAUACCUCCAACAAGCCUUUGAAAGAACAACCAAUAGCACUGGUUUUGCUUUUGGACCCAGUUUCCAGUUUGUCAGCUUGUCUUCAACUCUGCAUAACCACACUCUGUUUCAAGACAAACAGAUAUACACUACAUCUCCACUUGAGUGUGGCUUCAGCCAAUCCGUUACCUCAGUAUUGCCAACUGCGUUGCCAAAACCUCCAUUUGGGAUGUUGCUUGGAUCUCAGCCAGGCUUUUACUUGUCUGCUUUGGAGGCUACGCAUCAACAGUUGACUCCCUCUCAAGAGCUGGAUGAUCUCAUUGAUCCGCAGAAAAACUUAGAGACUUCAUCUACCUACCAGUCGACAUCUCAGAAACUGACUGGCCAGAAGGAACAGAAAAACUUAGAAUCCUCAACGAGCUUUCAGAUCCCAUCUCAGGAGUUAAGUAGCCAGAUAGAUCCUCAAAAGGACAUAGAGCCUAGAGCAACCUAUCAGAUUGAGAACUUUGCACAAGCGUUUGGUUCUCAGUUUAAGUCGGGCAGCAGGGUGCCAAUGACUUUUAUCACUAACUCUAAUGGAGAAGUGGACCAUAGAGUAAGGACUUCAGUGUCAGAUUUCUCAGGGUAUACAAAUAUGAUGUCUGAUGUAAAUGAGCCAUGUAGUACACGAGUAAAAACCCCAACCAGCCAGAGUUACAGGUAAGGUCCUGACUGUGGCCAGGCUGUGGGGUCUUCUUAAUGUAAUUUUGUUUUACUUUGACAACACUGCCAUUGGAAUGUUUCUACACGGUCCUAUUAAGAAUAAUGUAACAUGCCCUUUCAAUGCAACUUUUCAU